AUGAAUAAGAAAGUGUGUCAACACUUCAAUUCUGUAUGGAUUUAUUUUCCCGAUGAAUUGAAAAAUGGAAACUAUAAUUUUUUAUCUAACGGUCAACAUUUCAACAAGUAUUGCAGUAAUAAUAGUUGUGAUAAUAAUCUCGAACAAAUUAAUUCUGCAUGUUUAUAUUUGUUUAAUGCAUUAUUUGGGGAUUAUAAUGUAUUUAAAGACAAUGCAAAAAAAAACAUCGAUGUUGUUUAUUACAUUAUUAUAUGGUUAAGUUAUAUGUUAAGCCUAAAAGAAGAAAACGGAAUCAAUAAAUUAAACGACUUCUAUACUGAGCAUAUAGAAAAAAAUAAGCAUUAUAUUAAAAAAAUCGAAAGUAUUCAUGAAUAUAAAUGUUAUAAGGACAUCAUAGAUAAAAAAAAAGAAUUGUUGGAUAUGGAUAUAAAUGAUAAUAUUAUAUCUGAAUUAUAUGCUACAUUUAAAUCAUUAUAUGAACUGUAUUCUACAUUUAGUGAAAACACGUCAAAUUGCCCAAAAUUCUCGAAUAAAGCUAAUCAAUUUGUUGAAAAAUAUAAAGUACUAAAUAAUAAUAAUAAAGAUAGUUCCUAUAAUAAAAUAUUGUCUACAUUAUCAGAUGAUUAUAAUAAUUUAAUAAAAAAAUGUAAAGAUGCUCAAGGUAGCAAUUUUCCACCCCUUCCAGAGAUAAAAACAAUACAGCCUUCAGUAGAAAGUUCUGGAGAUAAUUCUGCAGAAAAAUCUGAGCAAAUUGUACAAAAUUCUGAACAAACUGUACAUAAUUUUGAUGUUGCAUCAUCAAGUUCAUCGAUAGUAACCAAAUUAAUUCCAGUUGUGUCGAUAUUUGCUGCAAUAUCAAUUUUUUUAGGAAUUUCUUAUAAGUAUUCAUUAUUUGGAUUUCGGAAACGAUCUCAAAAACAUUUAAGAGAAAAGCUAAAAAAAUAA